AUGGGAUCUUUGGCGUAUGCCGACAGCAUCGCUCCUGUCGUGUUGAGCAGUGUGGUGGCCGCCCUUACGUGGCUGCUCCUGCUGUUUUUGCUUCGUCUGGUCCAGUUCCAGUUCCAUCUCUUUCACUCUCCCCGUGGUGUCAGUUCCCAGGUCCUCCCGGAACCGAAGGUGCUUGCAAUGGAUGACCCCAAAGCGUACCCGGUUGAGUUCGAGGGUCCGAGCUUGCUCGACCUGUCUCUGGACCAGAUUGGUGUUCCUACGUUGCAGCCUGAGAGAUCCCCUCUCGAGAUGUGCACCUCUCCGACCAUGCCCAUGAAGAGCCAGGCCAGCGCUAUGGAGGAGCCUGUUUCGUUCAGCAACGAACCGCGAUGGGCGAUGGGCAGCAGCGUCUUUGACAAUCUUGACCAGGAGCUGAAAGCCGCUCGUAACGAGAAAAACAUCCUCAGUCGCGCUCCAGUUCUGCGAACGUCGUUCUUCCAACACGGUCUCCGCUACAUUCCCGGCCGGCACGACGACGAGAUCUACCGCAGCGUGGUCAUUGAGAAUCUCCCUCCACACGCGAACUUGGGUCAGAUUCUCCUCAGCAUCCGUGGAGGAGCAAUCUACUCAGCGAUCCUGUGCGAUACAAAUGUCCUCACUGGGACCCAGACCGCGCUGGUAACCUUUGUCCGACAGGAGGGUGCUCUCGCCUUUCUGCAGCGAGUGGCCCAAGAUGACUUCUACGUCGGUUUCCAUCACGCUUGGGUGUGCCCGGUGCUCACGCCGACCUACCCACUCGCACCGGAGAUGGACAUUUCUGUCAAGAACGGUCGUACCCGAUGCCUGGCUGUCAAUCGAGUGCGCCCCGGGGUGGUGCAGAAUAUCUAUCGCAUCUUGUCCACCUCGCCCUGUCGCCUAUACGUGGAGAACUUUGGCGAGAAUCCGUCAGCCGGCAAUGAGAUCCGCGCCCACUUCAACUCGAUCAAGAUGGCGAUGCGGGCGCGCGAGAUCCUGGCCGCACACUCGAGUCUGGAGGGCUGCGGCGUCAUUUUUGCGCCCGACCCUUGCGCGAUGUGA